UGGAAUAGCCACGAGGCCGCCGCGUCCCAUCUCCUCCCCAGUCGUGCCCUUCCCUCCCCUGCCCGGUAAAAAGAGUAGACUCCGCUAGCAGCUGCAAGAAACGAGGGCGGGCGGCGGUGAGUGGGACUCAUGGUCAUGGUAGUGGUGAACUGGUGAUGCGAGCAGAUUGUUAAUUUUGUUACUGCUACUAGUGGCAAGGGGCAUAGGCCAUCCAUGAGAGGGAAGACAAGAGAAGGGAGGAGUCGCUGUUGUUUGGUAGCUGCGUAGGUCUCGUGGGUUUGCGUACCCUGCCACCCGCGUCCCUAUCCGCCCGUCUCCUCUCUUCUGCCCCGCCCUGCCUCGCCUUCACCUUCCUCACCGUUUCCGCAAGGGCCAGAUAGGAUUUGCUUCGGUUAGGGUACCGCCGCGCCGCGCUGCGGUGGGUUUGGGUUGUUGAAACCGUCAAGGAACGGGGACGUGGGGGCAAAGGAAGGGAAGGGAAGAUUUCCUCUGGUGGUGACGCUGGUUUCUUGAUCGGUUGAUUCCCUCUGUUCGUGCUCCUCUCCUGUUUCUUGAUUCAUCGAUUCUUUCGCCGCUUGGGUCUCGCUUUCCCGGCCGCGGAUUCGGGGGCAUCUGAUCCGCGAUCGGGCGGGAUUGGAUUCUUGGUCUUGGUGCCGCGGCGUAAUUUGAUAAGAACAAAAACUGAAGCGGGGAGGGAAUUAUCAAGAAAGCAUCGGUUCUUGGUGGUGGUGGUGGUGGGAAUCGUGGUUGGGGGAGGCUGAUCUUGGGGAAGGGAGGUCUUGUCACGGCGGCCCGGUGGGGACCGGCGGCGGCGAUGGCUGACGGGCUGGAUCGGUGGCGCGACUUCUUCCGGGGCGCCGGCGCCGGCAUCUGCGAAGUGAUUGAGAACGCCAUCCUUGUGGCGGCCGCCGACGCGCCGCGGGAGCUGUUGCACCGCCGCGACCGCAUCGCUGAGAGGCUCUUCACUGCGCACUGCCGCAACGCCGCGACCCCGCCGCCGUCCUUGGGCAGCGUUGCGGCCUCGGCUACACCGGCCAUGCCCGUGGAGGAGGACAAGGGCAGCGUGCGCCGCAUCGCUGAGAAGGAGAGCAAGGUGGAUAGCAGCAUCAACGGCGCCCACGACGGGGCGCACGGCCACGACUCGGACGACGACUCGGACUCCGACGACGAGCGGCUCCGCCGCGCAGCGGCGAGCAACUACGGCCACAACUACGAUGAUGAUGACGACGAAGAAGAGGAUGAGCAGCACGCGGCGGAUGAGGAGGAAGAGGAACAGGACCACGAGGCUGACGAGCUCGAGGCGCUCACCAAUGAAAUCGACGAGGAGUCACAGAUCGUCGGCGAGGUCCUUCGCAUCAAGGACCUCCUCUUGCACAAGGAAAACCAUUCGGAUGCCACUUUGUUCGAAUCGCUGAGGAGGCUGCAGUUGAUGCAAUUGUCUGUCUCCACCCUAAAGGCUACUGAGAUUGGGAGGGCUAUUAAUCGGCUGCGGAAGCACAACUCACUGGAGAUCCGUCACCUCGUGCGCACUCUCAUCGAAGGUUGGAAAGUUUUGGUUGAUGAGUGGGUCAAUACUACUAAUGCUGCUCUGGCAGAUAACUCCCCUGGCUCUUCAAAUCCUUCUGUUGUGGAUGAAGAAGAAGAAGAAGGGCUUCCUUCUCCACCUUUAGAUGAAGGAGCCUUCUUUGCAACCCAGACUACUUCUAUUCAACUUUCUGAGUUCUUUGAUGAAAUGGAUGAAGAUGGAAACUUGAGACAUAAUAAUGAUGCCAACCUUGGAAACAAGAGGGGAAAUACUGGUGGGAGGCCUGCAAACCAUUCAGCAGUUGCAAGGCAAGAGCCUCCUCGUCCUUCUCCUGAAGCUGUCGAAAGGGUUCAAUUCAGGAGGCCGGAAUUGGCAAGCCAAGAGCCAUCAAUGAGGCACACAAACCCGCAAAAACCUCAAAGUUCAAGUUUGCAAGUCAAACCACAUGGCAUGCUCAACAAGCAAUCUAAGCCCUCAAGUUUUGAAUCUGGGCCUGGGAGACCAUUAAAGGCAGCUCCUCAGCAGAAACCCUUUGGUGACAUGAAACUUAAACAGACUCGAGAGCAUAUUUCUGUUGAAAGAAAGCCUACAGCGAGACAGAUGGAUAAAUCAAGGCUCGCUCUACAACAGUCGGCAGGAGUCAAACUGGCAAAGCCGAAGAUCUAUGAUGAUGGCUUGGAUAAUAACAGGAAGCUGGAAGCAGCAAAGAGAAGGCUCCACGAGGGUUACCAGGAAGCCGAGAAUGCCAAACGGCAGCGCACGAUACAAGUAAUGGAGCUGGGUGACAUACCAAAGCCUAGGGUUCAAAACAGACAACCUAUGGUGAAGUCAAGGAAUAACAUUAGGAAUUGGGCAAAUGGGCGGCGCUAACUCGUCCGUGAUUUUUUUUCCUCACCUGAUGAAUUGUUGCCAUGCCUGCCCAGUCCGAACGCAUAUGCUCAUCCGAAAGCAGCUGAAAUCAGCUGCGAGGACUAGAACGAACUUUUUGAACAAAACACAUCUGAUGAUCAGGAAGGGUUUCCCUGAAGUUGCAAGAGCGCACUGGAUGCAAUAAGUUACGCUCCUGCAUUCGUAGAGUUUAGCCAUGUCUGGAUAAUUGUAGAGUGGACAUGUGGUUCGAUCUGUACGGGCUGGUUAUUUUCUUCUUUUUUCUUCUUCAAAGGAAGCUGUAGAUACCAGGUAGAAUAAUCAUCAAUAUUUGGUACAUCCCCUCAUCUACCUUCAACUUUGACAGGAAAUUUUAUUUAGUGGAACAUUCUUGGUA